AUUCAUCGUUCCUUUUGAUCGUCUUUCUGAAGAGUGAAGAUUCUCUGAUUGUGUUGCAGGUUUAGAUCCUUCCAUAGAUAUGCCUACCGUCAAUCUUCAAGAUAUUGCCCACGAGUUUCCUGAUGUUGAGGAGAUUCUUGAAAGAUCCAUAUCUGAAUGGCUAGGCCUAAAUGAUGUGCAAAAGAUUUCGCUUCAAGAUCUGCCGAUUUCAGACGAACCAGUGACCGAUUUUGCUAGUGGCCUGUAUAGGUUCGUGAGAACCAGUCAACUCGAUGAUCACGAAUGGCCUCUUGUGUCUCGUAGAAAGACGAGAGAAGAGACUCCUCUGAGGUUUGAUCUUUCCAGAAUCGACCUAGGAUCCGCUAGUGGUGUUCCAGGAGAUACCUUUGAGCGACAGGUGUACAAACCCAACCCUCUUAAUGUGUAUGGCCAUUAUGUCAUUGCCCAUUACAUGAGGCAUAACGUCGGCACAGAGCCUUUUUCAGAUGAUGAUUCGGGUGAAGAUGACAAUGAAGUGAGUGAGAGGUCGGAGAGUCAAGAAGAGGUUCCAGUCACUGAAGACGAGCUUUCAGACGAUUCCAUUCAACCUGUGGAAGACGAGACUCAGGGCGAAGAGGAACAACAAGGUUUGGAGAAUGAAGAAGCGGAUCCAGUCAACGAGGAGGAGCUUUCAGUUGAUUCG